UAGUACCUACCACGUGAUUCCAAGAAUAUUGAAUUCUGCCGUAUCAAUUCUUGAGCUUUCUCAAGCUUCAUUAACCUUGAACCACCCAAGUAGAGGUUUGACCCACCGAUUAUCGACGAUACACGUGCCAUUGCCUUCCCGAGAGCGAUCUACUCGAACCCUUCAUGGUACUUAUAGCUGAGGCUUUUGAGCGAAACGUUUAAUUACACACUGCUGGCGACGAGGGGCUCAAAGCUCCCUCGAGAGCCGUCACCAUGUCGCAGAACUUGGCGCUGACGAAACUAGCGUACUCGCGCGCCUGGCACCACAUCUCGGCCUCAGCGCCGCACCCCACCCUCUCGACGCAACCGAACGUGACCCCCCCGGCCCUCGGCCGCCUCGCCUCGCGCAUCGCCGUCAUCCUCAUGGGCAAGCACAAGCCCAUCUGGGACCCGUCGACCGACUGCGGCGACUACGUCGUCGUCACGGACUGCGCCGCCCUGCACCUCACCGGCCACAAGAAGUGGCAGAAGACGUACUACCGCCACAACACCAAGCCGGGCUCCCUCCGCUCCGUCACCAUGGACGUGCUUAUGGCCAAGUUCGGCGGCGCCGAGGUCCUACGAAAGGCCGUCAGCGGCAUGCUGCCCAAGAACCGCCUCCGCGACAAGCGCCUCGCCCGCCUCAAGGCUUUCGAGAGCCACGCUCACCCGUACAAGCAGAAUUUACUCCGGUUCGGGGGCGUGGAGGUCGGGAAGGAGGGCUGGGAGGAUGCGGUUAAGGCUAUUCGCGAGGCGGAUACGCAGAGGUUAUAGCGGGCCACUUCGUGUGAGCGGAAUGUCUUUGAAGUUGAGGGUGGGGGGGGGGGGGGGAUAAGAGCUGGUGGUUGGGUUGACACCACUCAAAGGGCAGUGAUCCCAAUCUACCUAGGUACCUAGGUAGUCUAG